AUGGGUUUAUCAGUUUUAGUGCUAAUAAUUCUCUCUUUAAUUUUCCAACAAUUCUGCUGCAAUUCACUAGACACCAUAACCGUCGGCAACCCUCUAAAGGACGACGGCAGCUCGAUCGUCUCCAACGGUGGAAUCUUUGGUCUUGGAUUCUUCAGCCCCGGCAAGUCGUCCACUAACCGAUAUGUCGGGAUUUGGUACUUAUUCUCUAAUCAAACCGUUGUUUGGGUUGCCAACAGAGACAACCCACUUCGUGAUUCCUCCGGCGUUCUCUCCUUUGACGAUAAAGGAAACCUUAUAAUCCUCUCCUCCUCCUCCGGUGGUUCUAACGUCCCUGUUUGGUCGACCAAUGUCUCAGGAUCAUCAGGGAAUCAGUUUUCCGGUCAACUGUUGGAUACCGGGAACUUGAAAUUAAUCCACGAUGAUGCCGUCGUAUGGCAGAGCUUCGAUUAUCCCACCAAUACUUGGCUUCCCCUUAUGAAACUGGGCCUGGACAGAAAGACCGGUCUAAACCGGUUCCUUACUUCAUGGAAAUCCGAAGAUGAUCCUGGAACAGGGGAAUUCUCGUACCAAAUGGAUCUUAUAACCGCUCUACCCGAGAUGAUCUUUCAACAGGGAAAUACCAAUCGGAUAUGGAGAACCGGACCAUGGAUCGGACGUGGUUGGGUCGGAAUACCACAGAUGACAAGAACCGAUUUUAUUUUCACGACCAAUUUGAUUAACAGUGAAGAUGAAGUGAGUGUAACGUAUAUCAUGUCGAACGAUUCGAUCUUCACUAGUGUUGUGGCAAACGAGUCGGGAAUUCUGGAGAGACUGACGUGGAAGGUUUCUGAUCGUCAGUGGCAUGCGUUCUGGACAUCGAAUACUGAAGAAUGCGAUCAGUACAAUCAUUGUGGCACGUUUGGAAACUGUGACCCGCAAAACGCGGAUCCUAAUUUUUUAUGCUCGUGUCUACCCGGAUUUGAGCCUAAUUCAACGAUUGAUUGGAACACAAUUAGGGAUGGCUCGGGUGGGUGUGUGAGAAAGAAAGGUCAGCCCAUUUGUGAGAAAGGAGACGGGUUUGUUAAGGUGGUGCAAGCUAAGUCCCCUUAUACAAGAGUUGCUCGUUUGAACAAGAAUAUGGGAGUAGAAGAAUGCAGAGAAGAAUGCCUCAAUAACUGCACAUGCACUGCUUAUGCGAGCGCAGGAGAUCCCGUUCAGUGUAUAACUUGGCAUGGAGAAUUGCUCGAUACGAGAGUCCUUCAAGGUGGAGGCCAGGACUUAUAUGUUCGUGUCAAUGCUAUAGAAUUAGCUCAAUAUUUGAAGUCACAGCGAUCACCUAAGGCUAGACGUAAGAGAGUGGUGCACAUAAUUGUGGCGUCUACCACCUCAAUGACAUUAGCUAUUGGGGUUGCACUUACGAUUUACUGGUUCGUAACCGUUAAGAAGAAAAAAGACAGAAAGACAAGGGAACGUCUAAUGAUGCUUACUCCAGCUGAUGGUUCAUCGGUCGAACCUUCCAAAACAGGAAAGUCUUUUGACCAUGUUAUAUUUUUCGACCUUAGUACUAUUGUUGCAGCCACAAACAACUUUUCCAUUUCCAACAAACUCGGGCAAGGCGGUUUUGGCCCAGUUUAUAAGGGACGUUUAAGUGAUGGAAUGGAGAUUGCUGUUAAAAGACUAGCGAAAAGUUCAAAACAAGGAAUUGAAGAAUUCAAGAACGAAGUUUCCUUAAUUGCCAAACUUCAACAUAGGAAUUUGGUGAAAUUGUUAGGAUGUUGUGUUGAACAUCACGAGAAAGUGCUCAUAUAUGAAUUCUUGCCUAAUAAGAGCUUGGACUCUUUCAUCUUCGAUAAAGAUAAAUGUUCUCAGUUGAAUUGGGAGAAGCGGUUUAACAUCAUAUUAGGAAUUGCAAAAGGAAUGUUAUAUCUUCACCAAGACUCACGAUUAAAGAUAAUCCAUAGAGACUUGAAAGUUAGUAAUAUUUUGUUAGACGAUGGGUUGAAUCCUAAAAUAUCGGAUUUUGGAAUGGCAAGAAUUUUUAAAUGUGGCCAAACAGAAGCAAAUACAAGAAGGAUAGUUGGAACAUAUGGAUAUAUGUCUCCGGAAUAUGCCAUGAGAGGUCUAUACUCGAUAAGAUCUGAUGUCUUCAGCUUUGGUGUCGUGAUGCUCGAAGUCAUAAGUGGAAGAAGAAAUAACAGUUACUAUCGAGAGAAUACAAUUAAUUUAAUCGGACAUGCUUGGGACUUGUGGAAAGAAGGUAAAGCCUUGGAUAUAAUUGAUCAAUCCUUCGUGGGUGAGUUGUGGCCAAGAGAAGAAGUUUUGAGAUGCUUUCAAAUAGGACUUUUAUGCGUCCAAAAACGUGUUAUUGACAGGCCAACUAUGUCCGAUGUGGUUUUCAUGCUAUGUAAAGAGAUGACUUUACCUCUUCCAAACCAACCGGCUUUCAUUUUCAUAGGACAGGACAUGAAUGAUUCGGAUUCGUCCGCAAGCAACUCAAACAAUGGUCUAACCAUUACUCAGAUCAUCGGACAAUGA